GUCCCCUAUGGUGGUCGAUCCACGAUUUCCAGAUUCCAGACCAGGGGGGCUCCGCCAGCCCAUCUGACUCAUCGCGCCCGCCCCAGUCGAUCUCGUCUCCUCUGCUCCCCCACACCCCGCGCGCGUUCUCCCCUCGCCCGCCGCCUGCGCGCCUAUCUCCGCCGCGCGAGAGGUGGCGCGGUGCCCAGCGCGCGUCCUGCUGCUUCCACCGCGUCCUCGCCUGCCUGCCUGCCGAUCCCGGAUUCAGCGCGAAUAGCCUGGCCCCCUUCGCGAGGCAUUUUUUCCAGUUUAAUAUUUACCUGUUUGUUCCAUGAUAUUUCUCACAACAAUCCUCGACUUUUUAGAAAGGAUCUGGUAGCGUAGCUAGCUCAUUCGGGUUUGCAUUUUGGGUAAAAUUGGUUCUUGAAUGAGUUGCGCAACCGUUCGAUCUUGUUUAUUUAGCGUUAAUAUCCUAGCCAUCUUAUGCCCUUGCUUGAACAAGAGAGAAAUGGACUUCAAAUCCCCGCUGGGUGAUGUCUCCUCACCUUCUUAUAUAUAGCAAGAUGAAUCUUACUGAACUGUGUGAGGUUGCUUCGAAAUUGGCCACUCGAAUCGAUUUUGUCGUGCUUUUGGGGAUAAAGGAAAUGGUUAGUUGUUGGCUUCACUCCAGUGCUCUAGGUUUGGGGAAAGUUUGUGGUUCAAUAAAUGAUUUUGAUAAUUCAGCGUUGUGUUGGUCAUUUCUGGUUUUUUCUUGAUUCAUUGUAAUUGCAAAUGCCUAGUUCCUCCCGUUUAGUUUUAUUGGCUCAGCGUAUUAUUGCUUGUGUAAACACACAAAUUUAUUACCCCAGAACACACAUGCCUGAUAUGAGGAAAUCAUGUGGCUGUUUAACACGUCAUAUGAUAUUAUGAGUGCUCCCAAAAAUAAUAUUGUGCUUGUAUUUCACUGUUUCUUUGUGCUAACAGUGCAAAUGGGAUGUAAGCGAGAAUUCAAACUGGACAUAUUUGGCCCUUUUGAAACUUGAGGAACCAGCUUGUUUGGCAACUCGAGGGAAGGAGAUUGGGAGUUUACACGAGAGUAUUAAUGAUCCCACAAGUAGAAUUUUGAUGUUGGCAAAAUCAGGGUCUUUGAGAUAGCUUACCCUUUUGGGCUAGAGAAUGUGGAAUUUCGCGUCCAGUGCUUGGGGAUCUGGUUUAGGGAAGAAGAACACUCCCAACUGCACCCCGUCCAAUGGUGAUUGCUCUGAUGAUGAGGCAUCUUCGUGUACAAGCAGGGAAGAAGGCCUUGAAUGCCCCAUAUGUUGGGAGUCCUUCAACAUAGUGGAGAAUGUGCCAUAUGUACUAUGGUGUGGCCACACCAUGUGCAAGAACUGCAUCCUAGGACUUCAAUGGGCUAUCAUCAAGGUUCCGACGGUGCCAAUCCAGCUACCAUUCUUUGUCUCCUGUCCCUGGUGCAAUCUCCUGUCGCUCCGCAUUAUUUACAAAGGGAAUCUCGCAUUUCCACGCAAAAACUACUUCCUCCUUUGGAUGGUUGAGGGGAUGAAUGGUGAGCGAGCCAGAUCGCGCUCUGCUAUUCAUAGUGAGCAACAAACUACAUGGCUCUCAAGUAGCAGUAGGGCAAGUGGAAAUGAAGGUUAUUCGAAUCCCAUCAGACGUCCACUCCCACCACCGGUUGAAACACAAUCCCCCAGUGUGAACCAUGCCAAUCAUGGGGUCCCCAUCUUGAAUGCAGAGAGGGUACAGGCGUUGUUGCGCAAGUCGCUGUCCUUCUUGGUUCACCUGACUGCCAAGUUUCCCCUGGUGUUCAUUUUCCUCCUCAUAGUGCUCUAUGCAAUCCCUGCUAGUGCAGCUGUCUUGUUAUUAUACAUCCUUAUCACCGUGUUAUUUGCUCUGCCCUCCUUCUUGAUCCUGUAUUUUGCUUACCCUAGCCUAGACUGGCUUGUUAGAGAAAUCUUUGCUUGAGAUUUCCUUUACAAAACACUGCUGGCGAAAUCUCCACGCUGUUGUUGGAUCUGUGUAUCUGAACUGAAUUCUUUCUGCUCUUUCAUGUCCUUGUACGUGUAAAUGUUCCAAGGACAUGCGUGCCCUUGUUAGCUUUUUUUUCUUUUUCUUUUGGUGUUACAGUUGUAUAUUUGGAAACAGUAGAAAGCCAAUGUCUGUCCUCUGUAGACAUGAUCACUCAUCUCCUAGUACAGCCUGAUCUGGAACAAACCAAAUUCUACAA